UGCCGCUCCACGUAUCGGUGGUUGGGGACCCCUUGUGUACCUCAAUCGAAAUAGUAAUAACAAUAAUAAUUAAUAAUGUUAAUAUUUGCAAGUAGCUCAGUGACGGUCCCUGACGGUUGACUGGCCCCGCCCACUGGAAGGAUGGAGCGAGAUGGACGGGGAGGGAGACACCGGCUUACUACGUCAAAGGAGUACGCGCGCGCGUCGCUCACCGACCACACGCUCAGAGGCUACAAGAGAAUCAACGGACUGCCAAUUCCCGGCGCUCCGCUGAAGGAAGGCGCAAUAUCCAUCCGUGCCAACACGUUGACGUCGGCCGGCGAGACAUUUGGGCGAUUUGUGUUUUCGGGAAGAACAGAGCAAUCUCGGAGCGUCACGCGAGAGUCUAGAGGGGGGGGGGGGUGCGGGGGAAGGGAACGCGCUCCUUUCCCGAAUGAAGGGUUUUGGGUAUUUGCUUUGGAAAAGGAUUUCAAGAGCCACCAGUAGUCAAAUGAACUGAAUCGGCGAGAGCGAACAAGUCUGAGGCGGAAGACGGGAAAACGUCCACUGGUUUGCGUCGAUUCUUUGCCGAGAGCAGCACCACAGACUCUCAAUGAAGGAGCCGGACGCAAUCAAGCUGUUCAUCGGGCAAAUACCCCGCAACCUGGAGGAAAAGGACCUGAAGCCCAUUUUUGAGCAAUUUGGCAAAAUUUACGAGCUGACGGUGAUCAAGGACAAAUACACGGGCAUGCACAAAGGAUGCGCCUUCCUGACUUACUGCGCCCGCGAGUCGGCCCUCAAAGCCCAGAAUGCGCUGCACGAGCAGAAGACGCUGCCGGGGAUGAACCGCCCAAUCCAGGUGAAGCCAGCAGACAGCGAGAGUAGAGGGGAAGACAGGAAGCUGUUUGUGGGCAUGCUGGGAAAGCAGCAGACGGACCCUGACGUGAGGAAGAUGUUCGAAGCCUUUGGCAGCAUCGAGGAGUGCACGGUGCUCCGCGGCCCCGACGGAACCAGCAAAGGAUGCGCAUUCGUCAAGUUCCAGAGCAACGUCGAGGCCCAAGCCGCUAUCAACGCUCUGCACGGGAGUCGAACUCUCCCGGGAGCCUCAUCCAGUCUGGUGGUGAAGUUUGCCGAUUCGGAGAAGGAGCGGGGGCUCCGGCGGAUGCAGCAGGUGGCCUCUCAGCUGGGAGUCAUCGGACCCAUGACCCUGCACCUCGGGGCCUACAACGCCUACGCGCAAGCUUUGAUGCAGCAGCAGCAGGCGCUGGUCGCCCAGUCGGCCUACCUCUCCCCAGUCGCCACGGUGGCGGCGGUUCAGAUGCAACAGCUGGCCGCCCUCAACCCCGGCGGCAUCAUCGCCACGCCGAUCGCAUCCAUCACCCCCUCCUCAGGUACAAGCACGCCGCCGUCCAUGGCCGCCACCCCUGUUCCCGCUCUGCCGCCACCCAUCGCCGUGAGCGGCUACCCCUCGGCGGCGGCAGCGCCCAACGGCCAGUCGGCGACCGAGGCCUUGUACGCCAACGGGGUCCACGCCUAUCAAGCUCCGAGUCCUGUGCUGGACCCCCUGCAGCAAGCGUACGCGGGCAUGCAGCACUACACAGCCACCUACCCUGCCGCCUACAGCCUGGUGGGGCAGCCGUUCCCCCACCAAGCCACCCUGGUAGCCCAGCAGCCGCAGCAGCCGCAGCAGCUACAGCAACGUGAAGGUCCCGAAGGCUGCAACAUCUUCAUCUACCACCUGCCUCAGGAGUUCACCGACUCGGAGAUGCUGCAAAUGUUCCUGCCCUUUGGAAAUGUCAUCUCGGCCAAGGUCUUUGUCGACCGCGCCACCAACCAAAGCAAAUGCUUCGGCUUUGUGAGCUUUGACAACCCCUCCAGCGCUCAAACGGCCAUCCAAGCCAUGAACGGCUUCCAGAUCGGCAUGAAGAGACUCAAGGUGCAACUGAAGAGGCCCAAGGAUGCCAACAGACCUUAUUGAGAGGAGUCGAGCCGCCGCGAUGGUCGCGAAGCAGACGAUGUUUGGAUGGAGCGUGCGGUCCUGGCCAAGCGCUGCUGUCACAGCUCUCAAUGCGACUGCUGCCAGUCGGGGAUUUGACCUUUGACCUUUGGCUCGUUGUUUUGGUGUCGUGCCGUGUGCCCGUCAUUCCCGAAACCAAACCGUCGCACCGCUCUCAAGACCGCCCCGCCGACAUACGUAAAUGGUGGAGGCGUGCGUCGCUAUGGCUACGGUUGCUUAGCAACCGCCAAAACCCGCCCCUUUCGUCGUAAGUGCAUCGGCCUGAGUGGGUCGCUGCGGCCAUAUUGCCUGUGACGGUUGCCAUUAGCAAGUUUGCUUUCGGGGGCUUUUCGCCUUGACUCGCCAUGCUCCACCGCAUGGCUGGUUACCGUGGCGACCUGUGUUUGGUGCCUUGUGAGUUUCACUCUUUUUAUUUGGUCCCGGCUUCAAUCCUUUGCCGACGCCGAUCGAUUAAAAAAAAAAAAAGGCACUUUAGCGUAUCUGUAAGUAAUUGAUGAUCAUGACAUGCUGCGGGUGGUUUUAUUUUCAUUUGCUUUUCUAAUCCUCCAAACUCGAAAACAAACUCAAUUGUCAAUUCUUGAGUUGCAGAGGUAUUUUCUUUUUUUUUUGUGUGGUUGUCGUUGUAAUUAUUAUUUAUCGGUCGGCCUUUUUUUAAAAAUCGGUCAUGAUGAUCAUUCUUACACUUUUCCCCUUUGUUGAGUUGGAUGGUGUGGUAGUUUGGCGUGAAGUCGUGAAGCUUUGUUUUGUUGUGUAACUCGAUUCCGUGUGACUUGGUGCCUGAACUUUGGGUGUUGUUUGUGACGCCGGAAACGCAACAAACGCGUUGACCUCCAGAAACCGUGGACGGGGUCACGUUUGCGUAUGACGGUCGCCGUGUGUUGGUGUGCGUGUCAGACAAAGUGACGUUUGGAGUGCAAAAUGUCUGCGUGGAAGAUGUCAUAAGGAUAAAGAUCGUCGGAAGCACUCUUGAUUUUUGAGACACGGAGGUUACUUUCCGUGGUUUGGGGCUAAUCUGUUUGGCUGCCGGCAGAGGAACGAGCUUCCUCUCUAGGAAUUCUGGGGACCAAAAAAAACAGACAAGCAAUUUUCCAAUCUUCCACGCCUAUGUGGAAUUGCUCAUCUACGACGCGCUGGUGGAAACGGCGUCUCCGCAACGCAAAAAGUUAGCCGAUGCCGUUUUGAGCAAUUCGCUCCAGACGAAAUUAUCUGAUGGGAUGAUUUGACUUUGGAAAAAUCCGAACUUGCCAUAACCUACGGACAAAUAUUGGAGUCAGUGCCCGGCAGAAUUCCUGUUGUGCAUGGUGUGAAUUCAUUUGCCUGCCAAAAGAGAUGAAAGGCAACUUUGUGCGUGCACUGUCACUGUUUGAGUUGCAUGGACGCUAUCAUUCGAGAGUGAUUCGCUUCUGCGGCGUCAGUGGAAGCAAUGGGGACUGACUGCAUCUAAUUUUUUUUUCUUGAUGUAAUAUAUGAAUUUGUACUUCUUUCACCUGCCUUAAACAUUUUCUCUUUUCUCUCUCUCUCUUAC